GAUGGGACCCACUCUCGUUUCGAUAUCAAUGAUCUAAUCCUUGUUGAAUAUGUAUCCUACGGUAACGACCCAUUUGCUCUGUACCUCACCUUUCCGUCCUCGUUCACGACAUGGAUGUUCCGCGAAAAAACUCAAACGAACCUUUUCAUGGCAGCUACCCAAUUUCCAAGGACGCGGAAGUACCGACGGAAAGGAUUGUCGAGGACAACGAGAACGAGACUGUGAAGGAGGCUACGAAGAGCAGCGUUCUACGCUCUAUCAUGGUUGUGGCAGCGGUCACUCUCGCGAUGAUUGUCAAUACUUCUAAUAGCACCAGUCCUUCAAUAGCACUACCAACAAUUGAGCGUGAACUCCACGUGGAGCAAAUACAACUCGUGUGGAUAGUAUCUGCUUACCCUCUCAGUUCGGGGUGUCUUUUGUUACUUUUUGGCCGUCUCGCAGAUUUAUAUGGCAGAAAGAAUGCUUUUACACUGGGGAAUCUGUGGCUAGUGGCGUUGACAUUGGGUUGCGCAUUCUCUAAUAAUGCUGUGACACUGAGUGUACUUCGUGGGUUUCAAGGCGUCGGCGCUGCUGCUAUCAUUCCUGCCUGUUUGGGCAUACUUGCGCAUCAUUUCCCCCCCUCCCGGGCCCGUUCCGUUGCAUUUGCGACUUUCGCUGCCGGGGCACCUGUUGGCGGUGCUUUUGGGACUUCUCUAGGAGGAACUCUCGUUCAGCUUACUGAAAAGACAUGGCGAUCAACUUUCUACCUUAACACAGGUCUUGCGUUCCUGUCGCUUGUGAUUGGUUUGUUCUUCAUAGAACGCGAUCAGCCUUCGCAAGAACCCAAUCGGCGGGUGGACUGGAUAGGCGCAUUCUUGGUGACAGCAGGACUUGUUCUAAUUGUCUUCGUAUUGGGACAAGGAGAGGUCGCUCCCCAUCAGUGGGGAACUCCUUAUAUCAUCGCAUUGAUUGUUAUGGGCGUUCUUCUCCUUAUUCUAUUUGCUCUCUGGCAACGUCAUCUCGAAAUCAUUGCAGACCAAGGACUGGACUCGAAUUCCUUCCUCCGUUGGCUCCCAACGCCACCUCCCCUCAUGAGGCUUUCUCUAUGGACCAGGGCAAACGGUCGAGUCGGAAUUGUUAUGUGUAUUGCGUUUUUGAACUGGUGUUGCUUCUUAGCGUGGGCGUACUGGGCAACUAUCUAUUACCAAAGUUACCAAGGACUGUCGCCGGUUCUAACAAUGUUGCGUAUGCUCCCUAUGAUUGUCACUGGCAUUAUAUGCAACAUUGUUGUCGCACUCUUCGUGGGUCAUAUACCGUUUGUGUUUUUGAUGGCUAGCGGAACCGCUCUCACAGGAACUGCGGCCCUCCUCUUCGCUUUGAUCAAUCCAAGAGCUGUAUACUGGGCAUUUGGAUUUCCGGCAGCCGUCGCAAGUGUGGUUGGGGCUGACUUCGUGUUUGCCUCCGGAACUCUUUUUAUCGCUAAAUUCUCGCUUCCCCAUGAACAAAGUGUAGCUGGGGCUGUAUUUCAAUGCAUGACUCAGAUUGGUACUUCUUUGGGGGUCACCGUCUCGACCGUGGUGUUCAAUCGUGUAGCACAGCAACAACCCGGUGACCCGUUGAAGAGCUAUCAAGCUGCACAGUGGACAUGCUUGGGAUUCGGUAUAGUUGCUACCUUGCUGUCCAUGAUAUGUCUUCGUGGCGUAGGAAUCAUUGGCGAUAAGAGAGCGACAGUAACUCCAGAAGAUAUAAGUGACGACGCUAAGAUUAAAAACGAGUCAGAUGAGAACGUCAAGGCCCACGAGUAAACGUGCUAUGUUCUAAAACCAAUAACGGGCAUGACGGUGUUAUUUAGAUAGAUAUCACGCGAUGUGCUCGCAUUUACACCGCUCAUGGAAAAAGCUUCGGCCUCGUAUCCCUACUAAUUAGUGUACAUGUACACUGCUUAACUACAUUCAGUCUCAGGUUCUCAUGCUGGGACUUCAUACUCCUACUGUUGGACUUGAACGUUUGAACGCGCGCCGUGC